GUGACAGGAUACAAAAAUCUGAAAUUAAGCUGAUAAAAAACAAUGAAGAGAUACAAUAAUCCUCCCAUCUUCCAACAGUUCCUGAAGAGGCGGCUCCAGCAGGGCUUCAACACCAGGUUCGACGCUGUUCACCAGAGGAAGGGGCGAGUCAUCGAGGAGGUGCACAGACUCACCCGAAAGCGCCGACAGCUCAAGGAGGAGCUGUCGAGAAUACGUAAAAGAGGUGACAAGAGCCGAGGACAUAGCGGCAGUACCAGUUCCAGAGGUGCGUCCGAGGGCGUGCCAACACCUACCCUCCUUCAGGAGGAAGAGAAAGAGGAAGAGGAGGAGGAGGAGGAAGAAGAGUACGAACCGUCUUGGGAACUCGAGGAACGACCAGAACUAAUGCUGCAAGUGGAUGAUACUGAGGUGACCAAGGAGGAGUCCAAUCACAGCGAGACUCCUCGUGCUGUUCCUGACGGUGCUGUUAUUGCACCUUCAACAGCAGGGGCUCGAGAAGCGUGGACAGAUGCCAGGGCGUUUCUAUCAGGACCUCGACAUAUGGGAACAGAGAAUGGCGAGGCGUCGUCAACGACUCACUUCUUCCAGAAGCCGCGGGAGGUUUGGACAUGGGCGGAGGCGCGGGCGUGGAGGGAAUGGAAGGCAGCCCAGGAUGAGGAGGCCAGGAAGAGGAAGGCACACGCCACUACCCUCACCCUCCAGCUGGAGAGGAUCAUUCCUACCAUCAAGAGUCUUCUUCAGGAGUUCGACAGUCAGGUGAUCAGCUUGGUGGACUCGCGGGUGUCGACGGAUGAGGCGCUGUUGCUCUACGAUCUGGUCACCGUCAGGCUGCGUCACCGCCUCGCUCAACAAGACCAUCUCAACGACACCCUUAAGGAUCUCAAACAGCGACGCUGUCAGGUAGAGGAGCGGGUGUCGCAGGUGGUGAAGGAGGCAGAGGGCAGCAGUAGGGAGGAGGCAAGGGCAAAGGCGAAGCAGGAGCGGAUACAGGAACAAUUGAAGGAGGAGGAGGUGGGCUUGAGGAGGGCUCUCAUCAACCUGCCGAUAGACCAGUACAACCACCUCUUGAUGCUCUACAGUUGUUAA